ACUUUCUCUGUUGCUAAAUCUGUGACCCUCUUAAUAAAACCCAAGGGACUGUACAGAAGAAGAAAAAACAAGACAUUUUUAAGAAACAAUGUAAAAUACCUCUUGCUGAGAUUGUGAUUUUUUUCCUUUGCCCUUCUUAGAAUGUACCAAGGAGAAAACGUUGUUUUUGUUUUUUUUUUUAAACUUUAGUUUCACUUUCCAGAUUGCAGUGAACUUCCUCACUUCCCAGAUGAAAACGACUGGAUUUGGACUAAUGAAAAAAGGAGCGGUCAGCUGCCGUCAGAGUAAGUGAAGGUUUUAGGAUUUUUUUGGUGGAUGAUCACAAUUCUGACGUUUCAGAAGAGUCUGUGUCUUUUUCCUUUUUCACUCAUCCUGGCCUGGCAUUUGGCAAAAUCAUGAGAAGGUAUUUGCUUUAUCGUAUCUACUCCUUUUUGGGACUGUUGCCCUUUUGGAUACUGUGCACAUCUUCUACCAACAAAUGUACUGUUAGACAUGAAAUAGCUGACUGCAGUCAUCUGAAGUUGACUCAAAUACCUGAUGACCUCCCAACAAACAUAACAGUGUUGAAUCUUACCCAUAAUCAACUCAGAAGAUUACCACCUGACAAUUUUACAAGAUAUAGCCAACUUACUAUCUUGGAUGGAGGAUUUAACUCCAUCUCAAAGCUGGAGCCAGAAUUGUGCCAACGUCUCCCUUUGUUGGAAAUUUUGAACCUCCAACACAAUGAGCUAUCUCAGCUUUCUGAUAAAACCUUUAUCUUCUGCAUGAAUUUGACUGAACUCCAUCUAAUGUCCAACUCAAUCCAGAAAAUUCAAAAUAAUCCCUUUAAAAACCUGAAGAAUUUAAUCAAAUUAAACCUAGCUCAUAAUGGUUUAUCAUCUACUAAAUUAGGAACUCAGCUGCAACUGGAAAAUCUCCAAGAGCUUCUACUAUCAAAUAAUAAAAUUUCUGCACUAAGACGUGAAGAACUUGAUUUCCUUGGCAACUCUUCUUUAAAAAGAUUAGAGUUGUCAUCAAAUCAAAUAAUGGAGUUCUCUCCAGGGUGUUUUCAUGCAGUUGGAAAAUUAUUUGGCUUCUCUCUGAACAAUGCCAAACUGAGCCCCAGUCUCAUAGAAGAGCUCUGCUUGGAAUUAUCAAACACAAGCAUUCAGAAUCUGUCCCUGAGCAACAACCAGCUGUACACAACCAGCAACAAGACUUUUGUUGGGCUGAAGCAGACAAAUCUCACAGUGCUCGAUCUUUCCCAUAACAGCUUAAGUGUGAUUGGUAAUGAUUCCUUUGCUUGGCUUCCACAUCUAGAAUAUCUCUUUCUGGAGUAUAACAAUAUAGAACAUCUGUCUUCUCGCUCUUUUUAUGGGCUUUCCAAUGUGAGAUACCUGAAUUUGAGACGAUCUUUUACUAAACAAAGCGUUUCCCUGGCUUCACUUCCCAAGAUUGAUGAUUUUUCCUUUCAGUGGCUAAAAUUUUUGGAGUAUCUCAAUAUGGAAGAUAACAACUUUCCAGGCAUAAAAAGCAAUACUUUCACGGGAUUGACAAAGCUGAGAUGUUUAAGUCUAUCCAACUCCUUCUCAAGUUUGCGAACUUUAACAAAUGAAACAUUUUUAUCACUUGCUGGUUCUCCUCUGCUCAUACUCAACCUAACCAAAAAUAAAAUCUCAAAAAUAGAGAGUGGUGCUUUUUCUUGGUUGGGCCACCUAACUGUACUUGACCUUGGUCUUAAUGAAAUUGGGCAAGAACUCACAGGCCAGGAAUGGAGAGGUCUAGAAAAUAUUGUUGAAAUCUACCUUUCCUACAACAAAUACCUAGAGCUGACUAGCAACUCUUUUGCCUUGGUUCCAAGCCUUCAACGACUGAUGCUCCGAAGGGUGGCCCUUAAAAAUGUGGAUAGCUCCCCUUCACCUUUUCACCCUCUUCCUAACCUGACCAUUCUGGAUCUAAGCAACAACAACAUAGCCAACAUAAAUGAUGAACUGUUGAAGGGUCUUGAGAAACUAGAAAUUCUGGAUUUGCAGCAUAACAACUUAGCUCGCCUCUGGAAGCAUGCAAACCCUGGCGGUCCUGUUCAUUUUCUGAAGGGUCUUUCUCACCUCUACAUCCUUAACUUAGAGUCUAAUGGCUUUGAUGAGAUCCCAGCAGAAGUCUUCAAGGACUUACGUGAAUUGAAGAGCAUCGAUUUAGGAUUGAAUAAUUUAAAUAUCCUUCCACCAUCUGUCUUUGAUAAUCAAGUGUUGCUAAAGUCAUUAAGCCUUCAGAAGAAUCUCAUAACAUCUGUUGAAAAGAACGUUUUUGGGCCAGCAUUCAAGAACCUGAGUAAUUUAGAUAUGCGCUUUAAUCCAUUUGAUUGUACAUGUGAAAGCAUUGCCUGGUUUGUUAAUUGGAUUAAUAAUACCCAUACGAACAUCUCUGAACUAUCAAGCCGUUACCUCUGCAACACUCCACCUCAAUAUCGUGGUUUCCCAGUGAUGCUUUUUGAUAUAUCACCCUGCAAAGACAGUGCCCCAUUUGAACUCCUUUUCAUGAUAAAUACCAGUAUCCUAUUGAUUUUCAUCUUUAUUGUACUUCUCAUCCAUUUUGAAGGCUGGAAGAUAUCUUUUUAUUGGAAUGUUACAGUGCAUCGAGUUCUUGGUUUCAAAGAAAUAGACAGACAGCCAGAACAGUUUGAAUAUGCGGCAUAUAUAAUUCAUGCCUAUAAAGAUAGGGAUUGGGUCUGGGAACACUUCUCCCCGAUGGAAGAAGAAGAUCAUACACUCAGAUUCUGUCUGGAAGAAAGGGAUUUUGAGGCAGGUGUCCUUGAACUUGAAGCAAUUGUUAAUAGCAUCAGAAGGAGCAGAAAAAUUAUUUUUGUUAUAACACAGAAUCUACUGAAAGAUCCAUUAUGCAAAAGAUUCAAGGUGCACCACGCAGUUCAGCAAGCUAUUGAACAAAAUCUGGAUUCCAUUAUAUUGAUCUUUCUUGAGGAUAUUCCGGAUUAUAAACUGAAUCAUGCGCUCUGUUUGCGAAGAGGGAUGUUUAGAUCUCGCUGCAUCUUGAACUGGCCGAUUCAGAAAGAACGGGUAAAUGCCUUUCAUCAUAAAUUGCAAGUAGCACUUGGUUCCAGAAAUUCAGUACAUUAAAUUUAUUUAAAGACUAAAUUAAAGGAGUAGCUUUCCUAAUUUAAAAAAGGUCCAUGGUAAAUUUACAUUUUACUUGAUAAUAAUGUAAAUCUGUUCAUUCAUACUUAUCAAUAAGAAUACCACAAGUAUCUCUCUUCUAUGGAGAUAUAUCUCCCUAUUUCAGGCCUUUUAUUACUAAUCAAGUUAAUUUGACCCAAAAUGAACAGAUAAGAAUAUCCUUUACUAAUGAAUACACAAUUGGGUUACUGAGGCCUAUCAAAACAAA